UACGAGAGCGCACGAGCCGUGGCAGCGAACGAACGAGCGCCCCGACCGAUCGUCCGACACGAAGUGGGACCGCAGAAAAUAAUCGGAGGUGGGGGCUGAUUCAAGAAUCGACGUGGACACCCUCGCCUUCCAAAGUCAUUCACCUAACGGUCAUCGCCGCGUCAAGAAUCUUCUUCUUGUUCUUCUUCUUCUUUCCUCCGUGUAUCCUUCCGUUAUCCGGUUCGCGGACCCAAAGGAUUCGUUUCCUUUUCGCCGGUGUCCUGUUCGGCCAGUGAAGAUAAACACUAAGAAAUUGGUUCGCCACUAUUAGAAGCUAACUCUGUUUCUACGAUUGGAUUGCAACCGAACGGAGUGGAUCUGUUUCGCUGUCGAGAACAAUCCCAGCAACCGAGAGUGACAUUCGAAAGAGGCGAACGCAAGAUUCGUCGAGAGGAACCUUCGACCUUCGGACUUGAAGUUUCCCGCGUAUACUGACGAGAAGGAUUUUCUCUCGAUUUGAUGGACUGACCGACCGAUGGACAUUCGCGCUUGGCGUGUGUUUUGAGACGGUUUCGUCGGGAACGGAGUGAAUUCGUCGAAACUGUAAAGACUUUUGGACUGUUCACGGUACCCGACGGUGACAGCGAUCGAGUGAUCAGUGUCGCGAAUCUGUGAUCGCAACGGUUCGGCGAUACGUUAUGGUGACAAAGUGCUCGAUAGUGUGUUUUACCUAAAAGGGGGACUGCUAACGAUUGUUUCGUUGAUGAUUCUCUGGCAACGUUCACCACCGUCGCAUUCAAGGUACGUGCUCUUGUUUACGAGGGGCAACGGAUCCAAAAUUGGGACACCUGUUCCCGAAUCUGACACCCGGGGACUUCUAACGCUAUCACGCGAAUGGCACUGCGCGCAGAGAUGAACCAACAGUGCAAGGUGUGCGGUGAGCCCGCGGCCGGCUUCCACUUUGGUGCAUUCACCUGCGAGGGCUGCAAGUCUUUCUUUGGGAGAUCCUACAACAAUCUGAGCAGCAUCUCGGAGUGCAAAAAUGGCGGCGAGUGCGUGAUCAACAAGAAAAACCGUACCGCUUGCAAAGCUUGCCGCUUGAGGAAAUGUCUCCUCGUGGGCAUGUCGAAGUCGGGCUCGCGAUACGGUCGCAGGUCCAACUGGUUCAAAAUCCACUGUCUGCUGCAAGAGCAACAGCAGCAGCAACAACAACAACAGCAGCAACAACAGCACCACUACCAGCAAAGCCUACCGAGUCAACAACUGGCGCAACAACAACGAAAGCCGAUGAGCCCGCCUAUCGGAAUUCACGCUGGUCAACGAAAGGACGACGUGCUGAUGCUGGGUCUGGACGACUACAAGAACUCGACAUCGCCCAGCAUCAGCUCGCCGGAAUCGCACAACAGCGACAGUUCCGUGGAGAUAUCUGAGAGACGAGCAGCCUUCUCCGGACACCCUGGCUUCAGACCGCUGCACUCGCACCUGCAGCCUUCCGUGGCCGAUCUCUCGGCCCUUAGCAAAGAGAUGAUGAGCCUACCGCUAGGUUUUCACCUUGGUGGCAUGUCCCUGAUACCACCAGCUUUUCUACCACCUCCAAGUCUCACCAUGUUCUCACCCUACCAUCUCUACGCGACAUCUCACGGAGCUUCUCACCCGUUGGUACCAAAUCACCCGUCUACUCUACUUCGACACUCACCCGUGAUCGAGGACACCACCAGCGCGAUUUCCGCCACAACGACGACGACCACCACCACCACCACGAUCAGCCUCGACAACAAGGAGUCCUGCGAGAAUAACAACAACAACAACAACGACAGAUACGCGCACAACCACAACGUGCAGACAUCCAGGCAAAGUUCCUCACCGUGUGUGGAUGUCGGUGAAACCUAUACCAAGCGAUUCUAUUUGGACGCGGUGUUGAAGAGCCAACGAACGCACGCGGCGAGUUCACCGAUGUCCGUCAAGGGACGUUCCGAAAAUGGAUCUCCUGUUUGCAGUCCAGCAGCGGAAACGGACUGUCUCCCUCCCCAAGACAACCCCAUGGACUUGUCCAUGAAGUCCGUCACGACGCCCGCUAGAGACGAAACGGAGGACGACGAAAUCGACAUGGAGAGCAUCAGCGAUCGAGACAGCCCUCCGCCGAAAAGGAAACCCGCGCCUAUAGACCUAACGACGAGGUCCUAGAAGGAACAGAACUUUCAACCAGCGUCCAACUACGCGAGUAUUUCACUCGAGAUCCAUCGAUUCGCGUUGGUUCGCGCCUGUAGCCAUACGAUUCCCUGUUUUUUCUCGAACUCGGCGGGUGCUCGAUGGUCGCGCAACGAUUCCCAGAACCGUGCGUUAUCCUUAACUGCGUUCUUGCCCGAUCAGGAAUUACCCGAUCGUUCUCACGGAGACAAAUCAUUCGCGCCCGAAUCGUUAAAUGCGCUUGGCUAGAGCGCAAUCUCGCGUAAAUAUCCGUGGCGGUUGGGAAGAAUGAAGGAUUAACGUCUCAAUUCCGGGUAAUCACGGUGAGGAUCGCGAGUCGCCGAUCGAUGGCUGGUUGCGCAAAAGCCAAUCGACUUUAACGAGAGUCCUCCGCUUUAAUUAACGAGCGCGCGCUCGCGCGGUAAUCGCACAAGAGAGGGAGAAAGAGAGAAGGAGAAGACGCGUUCGCAGAAGAGGGAGAACAACAUCGGUGCAUCGGUUGAUAAACACGUCAAACUGCGGGGUGCACGUGUUCGGAACGUGCGUUACAAACCGGCGUACACGUGUAGAACGUUGCCAACCGCUUUAUCUUACAAGCGUUCGACGCCUGCCAAUGUAAACGCCUCCGUCGCCGCCGCUCCGCCGCCUCUUCUCUGCUUUUGUCCCAAGCGUAUUUGCCCUCGACGCCGCGAAGAAUCUCCGCCGAUAUGAGAAUCGCGACCUGUCCACCCCCUACCCCGACCCCGACCCCCCUCCCUUUGGCCGUAUCCGCUGGAAUCCAUGACGAAUCUCGCGAUUACGGAGAGCACGGGGAUUUCGGGUGAAAUUCCUGUGCUCCUACUCACGGACCGACGGGAUCCUUCCUGGUAAACGCCUGGACGAUACUUUCUCAGCCGUUGAGACCGAACCUAGACGCUUCGAACACAGAUUUGCUUUUAGCACGCUGAACAGACCAUCCAAGGCUCGCUCAAUUCGGAGAGGAACAUUUCAGAGGCCUCCACGCCCUUUUAAAAGUCCCCGGUAUGUUAAGAAGUCUUUCUUUUUAUAAUAAGCAAUAAUUUUCAAUGCGAAGAGUUGGUAGUGCCGAGUUUCAUCCCCAGAAGAAUUUAGAUUUCUAUAAAUUUGAGGCUGAUUUACCCUGUGAUAGGGCCUGCCUUUGAAAUAUCCUAGCCGAGAUCUCCUUGACUCUUGUUUCUAGCAAGAGAGUGAUCCAUGACAAUUUCGAUACAACGAAUAAUGUACAGUAUUCAACGUCCCACCCCAGAGCGUUAACGAAAUCAACAAUCGUGUCGUUAAACAGGAUAAAUCAAUAACUUCGUCCACUUUGAAUGUUUCUAUUAUUUAUUCAAAAACUGAAAAAAGAUUUCAAAAAUAUAGUGUUUCGUUAAAGAAAACCAUUGAUGACCUUGAAAUCUCGUAAAAAAUGACCUUGGAAAAAAUUAUGUUCUGCCGCUAUAAGUGCUCCUCAAAACGGUGCAAGUUCGUCGUGAUAAAUUUCAUCGCUGCAUUAUAACUAACGGAAAUAUUCAAGAUGACAAAGUUAUUGUCUUCACCCUAAGUAUGCUCGAAUCUACGAUUGUUGUAUGUAUAUAGAGACUGUAAAUAUGUAUGUUUCCUUAAGAUAUUCUUGUUAAGCGUAACGUCGAACGCGUCCCUUAUUUUUUACACCGUUGCAAGCAUCGCGACGAAGGCGAUGUUAGCGAUUUCAUGUACACUUAUGCUUUGUUAGGUAUUCUUGUUAUCGAAGGAUUAUCGAGGUAGUCAAUAAAUGGCCAGUAUUUUAUUUUAUGGUUAAUAAUUGUUGAUCGUAUUUAGGUAGCGACUUCGGACACGUGCAAUUGUAGAUGUAUUCUAUUUAAUUCGAUUCCCAGUUGCGUGUGGGUGCGAAUCACGGGGCACUUCAUCUUGUACCGAAAUAUCACGUAUUAGCGAAUAAGGCGGGGACAAAAGUGUAAAUGUUAAAUAAGUAGGCAAGAUUUUUCUGCGCGAACGGGACCCGGGCCAGUACUUACUUGUACAUAGAAUAACGAAUUGCAUCGUUCAAACUAAUUAGAGGAUCGCGAGGAAAACAUACCAAACGUUGAGAAAAAACAAAACGAAGAAGGGAAUCCUGCAAUUAUCUUGAACGGUGUAUUUCGCGAUUUUAAACGAUUAUGUAAAUCGAUCGAUGAUUGCGGUAUUUUUGCCGCGACAACGAAUUUUAUGAAUACAAAUAUAUUAUUGAUACACUUAAUAUAAUUCUCGGCGUCCACGUUACUGAAACUAUGCUUCAGAUUGAUAUACCAACUAUAAAGCCAUGCUGUUCCGCAAGUAAAGUACAAACCCACCAAUCCCUGGGCCCUAUAUUUGUAAAUACAUAGGUCGAAAAACAUUCGUGUUGCUUGUGUUUCUUAGCGUCGUCGCUGGUGCUAGCAUUCAGGCUGGCCAUCGUCGGUCGAAAUGUGCAGUUUACAGGCGAACACCUCCUCGUAACGACACCGUGAGAA